ACCAGAGAGCCAGGAGUCGAGGGGGAAGACAUAAGGAAAGAGAAAUGAAGAGAAAAGGAAGUAUAUACAGUUUUUUCACACCAAAGAGGAAGGCCAGAGAAAUAGACAAUGAACUGAGCGAGGCAGACAUAGGAGAUGAGGUGGAAGGCCAGAGAGAGGAUGAAGAUGAGGUGGAAGGCGAGAGAGGAGACGUUGAAGGAGAAAGAGAUGACAAGCAUGAGGUGGAAGUAGAGGGUGAAGAUAAAGAUGAGCUGGAGGGAGAGAGAGAAGAGCAACAAAAACGUAACAUAGAUGACCAGGGACAGGAGGAGGUGGGAGAACAUUUGGAGGAAGGAAAGCACCACCAAAAAGAGAAAGCAAAGAAACAGCAAAGUGAAAGGGAAAGAACAGUGCCUGAGCCAUCACCAGCAACCUUCAGUAGAGCUGGUCCACAUGAUGUAUCUAAGUCCAGAUGUGAAGUACCAACACAGCCAAAGAGAGAGAGUUUCCCAAAGACUCUCCAGGGAGGAGCCAGGAGAAGCUUCCGGAGUGAGUGGUACCAAGCUAACCCUUGGUUAGAGUAUUCUCAAUCCAAGGAUGCAGCCUACUGUUUUGCCUGUAGGCAUUUUUCCCUCCCAGACACUCCCAAGACUGUGUUUACUUCAUUUGAUGGAUAUCGAAAUUGGAAAAAAGCCACAAUGAAAGACAGUGGUUUUGCUUCACAUGCAAGAUCUGAAUGCCACAUCAAUGCAAUGUUUGCAUGGACAGAAAACAAAAAAAACAUGGAUAAAAACAGCUCAAUGUUUGGGAGAAUGGAUGAACAAAAAAAGAAGCAGGUGGCUGAAAAUCAGCACUACAUUAAAACACUUGCUGAAAUUUUAGUUUUAACAGUCACAGAAAACAUAGCGCAGAGGGGUCACAGGGAGUCUCAAGACUCAGAACAAAAGGGUGUUUUUCUGUCUAUGCUAGACCUACUGGGUAACCAUGACCCAAUCAUUAAAAAAAGACUUGAACAACAUGCAAAAAAUGCAAAAUACACAAGUAAAACAAUACAAAAUGAAAUCCUUGAAUGCCUGGCUGCAAUGGUUAAGGAAACAAUCAUACAGGAGGUUAAAACGAGCAAGCAGUUUUCAGUUAUUGUUGAUGAAACUAAAGAUGUUCAGAAAAAGGAGCAAAUGUCAUUUGUUUUGAGAUAUUAUUAUAAUGGUAUGGUUCAUGAGAGUUUUUUGGAGUUUGAUGUGGCAGAACACUUGGAUGCUGCUGCCUUAAGCUGUAAGAUUAUUAACUUCCUUGAGAGGCAUGGGCUGCAGUACAAGAAAAACCUUGUGGGCCAGGGCUAUGAUGGUGCAGCAGUGAUGCGCGGGGCACAUGCAGGUGUCCAAGCAAAAAUAAAAGAAGUAGCCAAACAUGCCUUCUAUGUUCACUGUAGUGCACACUGCUUAAACUUAGUUAUAGUGGACACUGUAAAAAGUGUGCCAGAUGCAGGAAACUUCUUUUCAUUGUUGGAACGAUUGUAUGUAUUCGUUUCAGGGUCCUAUGUACAUAACAAAUGGCUGGAAGUGCAGCGUGAGAUGUUUGAUGGUGCACCAAGGGAACUCCAAAAGCUAAGUGAUACACGUUGGGCAUGUAGGCACAUAGCAUGUCGCAGUGUUAUGGACAGGUUGCCUGCAGUAGUACAGGUUCUUGAAGAGAUUGGAUCUGAGAACCAUCCACAAAGAGCAGUUGAAGCAAGAGGGAUACUGGCUCAGAUAGAUCUCAAUUUUGCUGGCUCUCUUGUUCUUUUCAGAAAGGUCCUGAGUGACUCCAAAUUUUUGUCAGACAUGCUCCAGUCUAAAACAGUGGACUAUGCUAAGGCUGUUGAGCUUAUUGAAGCACUCAAAGAGACAUUGGUGACAUAUCGUAGUCAAACCUCUUUUGAUGAAAUGUGGACUGAAAUACUUGAUUUAUGUAAACAAAGUAACAUUGAUAUAACUCAGAGAAAAUCAAAGAGGCCAAGACAGACGACAAAGGUACUUCAGGGUAGUGUCAUCAACUCCACCUUGGGGCAGCAUGUAGUUCCAGAUAGCAAAGAUACUUUUUGUGUCUCUGUGUAUUAUCCAGUUCUGGAUAACAUGAUUGAAGAAAUAGGAAGAAGAUUUUCUAACACGAACUGUAACAUCAUGCAGGGUGUCCAGGCACUAAAUCCAUCCAGUCCAACUUUUUUGACAGAGGAGGCUGUCCUGUUAUUAGCUAAUGCUUAUGGCUCAAAUAUAGAGGAUCUCAAACACGAGUUACAUCAGACGAAGAGAGUACUAGACAGAAAAAAGGGGGAAAAGGAGAGUCCUACCACUCUGAUGGAGUUUACCCAGUUUUUGGAUCCAUACCAGGAUGUUUUUUUUGAGUUGUUCAGGCUGUGUAAAAUAGCUGUUGUUUUGCCUGUAUCCAGUGCAUCCUGUGAACGGAGUUUUUCAUCUCUAAGGCUCAUAAAGACUUAUUUGCGGUCUACUAUGACAGAAAAGAGACUAUCAAAUUUGGCUGUACUCAGCAUUGAAUCAAAACGCACAAAAGAAUUGGAUCUCGAAAAAUUUGUAAAGCGUUUUGCUGAGCAGCAUGGAAAUCGCCGCAUUCAGCUGUUAUAA